GUAGCUACUUUGUUCGAUGAAGCUGGCGAAGCGUACUAUUUACAUUUGCGUGAUGAUUGGCUAGAAACACCGAUUUAUGAUGGAAAUGUUGUCAACGUCUUCGGAAAUUUUGACAAUGAAAACAAAUGUAUUGCAAAUAAUUCUCAAAGCUUCGUUGUCGUAAAUCCCGAUGUACUCAUAUCAGCAACUUCAGUCGCUGACUCCUUCACAUGCAUGAGAAAAGACAUACUAAGAGAACGAUUUAAUGGAAAUUUUUGCAUUAAUUCAUCGACGGCAUACGGAAGUUUAUUUCAUGAAUUGAUUCAAUCGUGCCUUAUCCAAAACAAUUUUACCAGUCAAUUUCUGGAAGGAGAGAUAUCAAAGGUAGUGAAAAGAUCUAUUGAAAGGCUUUAUUCAGCGGAUUUAAAUGAAAAUGAUGUGAUUGGAGAACUCAUAGAUGCUAUCCCAACGAUCCGUGCUUGGGCAGAUAAAUUCAUUGGUGAAGUACCAAAACCAAUAGAAGAGCACCUUUCUACCAGUAAAGCAAAGCUUUCUAUUUCCAUCUGCAACGUUUUAAAUGUUGAAGAGCAUAUUUGUUCUAUAAAAUACGGCCUUAAAGGAAAGAUCGAUGCCUCUAUUGAAGCUAAGGUAUCGCAGAAUGGGAUAUUAAAAAGAGCGAUAAUGCCUCUCGAAUUGAAAACAUCCAGGAAUAUAUCACCAUCUCAUUAUGCACAGACAAUCUUUUAUUGUCUUCUUAUGAGCGAUAAUUACGAUAUUGAUGUAGAAUCUGGACUACUGUAUUAUUUAAAAAUACAAAAUGAAGAAACAGGGAAGAUGUUAAAUGUUCCUGUUGUUCCUCAUGAAUUGCGAAGUCUAAUUAUCCAACGGAAUCAGUUAGCGUGGUAUGCUUUAGACGAUCAAAGGUCGAUAUUACCACCAAUGAUUAAGAACGAAUUCCAAUGUAAACAUUGUAGCUUUAAUGCGUCAUGUUUUCUAUAUCACAAGGCAAUAGAAAAUGGCACAAGCGAAACCAGUGGCGUCGUUGAAAUAUUCGAUAAUAAGGUUGCGCAUUUAAAAGACCACCAUCUUGACUUUUUUCGUAAGUGGGAUGAGCUCAUUACACUAGAGGAAGAAGACAUGUAUCGGUUUCAGCCAGAAAUUUGGAAUAUGCUUUCAUCCAAUUAUGAUGAUGACCAAUGUCUUAACAAUAUGUGCUUGGACCCAGAAACCAUAGAGACUAUCCCAAAUGGUGAAGGAUACCGUCAAUUUAGAUGCAAAUUCAUACGUAAAACGGGAAAAACAAAUUUUGUGUUAGAUACUCAAUUCUGCAUAGGUGACCAUGUUAUUGUAUCUUCUGAAUUAGAUCAUCGCACAGUGGCUAGUGGCUUUGUUGAGGACAUUGCAUCAAAUUUUGUUUGGCUCACUUUGGACCGAAUACCUCACGGUGGUUCAAAACGUAAUUUCGAUUUCGAUAUCGAAUCCUGUCAUAAUUUCUUGUGUGCAUCGAAAGAGACAGUGCAUUCUAAUUUAAGAUCUGAUAUUAUUGAUACAUUUUAUCGGAUUGACAAAGAUGAGUUGACUUCUAGCAUGAAACUUAUUAGACAAAACCUUGUAAGCCUUCUUGUAGAUAAAGAAACCGCCAAACUUAGAAGGUUGAUCGUAGAUUUCGAACCGCCUUGCUUUAAUCAAUCUAUCGACACAAUGCCUAAUAUUGUCGACGCGAAAAGUCUGAAUGAUGAUCAAAUUAAGGCUAUCAAAUUGGCAUUAGAUGCACAAGAUUAUGCUAUCCUUUUAGGAAUGCCCGGAACUGGUAAAUCGACCACGAUAGUGCAAAUCAUAAAGGCACUUGUAAGCAAUGGAAAAUCUGUUUUAUUGGCCGCAUAUACGCAUUCUGCUGUAGACAAUAUUCUUUUUAAAUUACUUAACGAGAAAAUCGACAUGCUGAGACUUGGCUCCAAAUCAAAAGUUCGUCCAGAAAUCGAGCCAUAUUUAUUAAACAUUAAUCAAUAUGAUAACGUUGACAUGUUCAGAACUUUUAUUGAGUCAAAACAAGUGAUCGCUACAACAUGUCUUGGUAUAACACACUACAUAUUUUCAAAGCGUAGAUUUGAUUACUGCAUUAUAGAUGAGGCAACGCAAGUGACGCUUCCUAUAUGUGUGGGACCACUUCGCUUUGCAGAUCGAUUUCUUUUGGUUGGUGAUGAUUUUCAAUUACCACCAUUGGUACGGAAUCAUGAGGCCAUUGAAAAAGGAAUGGGGAAAAGUCUGUUUAUAACCUUGACUGGAAAGCACCCGCGAGCAGUCACAAGACUCCGAUAUCAAUACAGAAUGCACGAAGAUAUCAUGAAUUUAUCUAAUUGUCUAAUAUACGAUUACAAAAUGCUCUGCGGGUUGCCAACAGGACCUGAUAGUUUCCUGAAAAUUCCAGGAUGGAAUAACAAUUUCUUAUCACAAUUUCACAAAGAAAAUGAUAAUCGUUGUAAAGAAGAAUGUUGGCUCCAGACCGUUCUUGAUCCAUGGAAGCCAGUUGUAAUGGUUGAUACCGAUAACCUUGAGGCGAAAGAAUCCAGAGGACUGAAUCAAAAUAGUGUGGAGGCCUCGCUUAUUGAGCAAUGUGUUAAAGCCAUGUUAAUAGGUGGCAUACCUCAGACCGACAUUGGCAUUAUUACACCUUUUCGGCAUCAGAUUAAACUUUUAUCACAAAAGUUUAAGGAUCUUACUAAAGUUGAAAUUAGCACAGUUGAUAGAUUUCAAGGCAGAGAAAAAAAGGUCAUCGUCGUAUCUCUGGUGAAAGCGAACGUUGAUUAUAGGAUUGGCGAUAUCCUAAAAGAUUAUCGCAGGUUAAACGUGGCGAUCACUCGUGCCCAAUCCAAAUUAAUCAUUUUUGGUAGCAGGUCAACUGUCUCCGCAUCGGAAAUAAUGCGUAAUAUUAUAGAACAUAUACAAAAUGCACAUUCAAUGUGUAAACUAAAGGAUAAGAGCACACCUAGUUGGCAUAUUGUUCCAAAGUAA